GAGUCAACUGCGGUUGAAGCCGUUCGCUAGUUAAUGGCGCUAGUGUAGUUUCAGUGAGUGACUCAAAAUGGCUGCUAGCGACGAUGAGCCUAUGCACCAUUUAUAUGAGGUUUUUACUACUUGUUUCAAUAAAAUAGCAAAUAAAGCACCAGAAAAAACAAGUUUUCAACCCCCUUAUGGCAGUAUCGAUAAUGGCAUGGCUUAUGCGUUGAGUCCCGCUGCCCCAGGCUAUGGUGCUACGGCGGGACCGGGUACCAGUCCCACACAGGCUGCUGGGGAACCUUUUGCGGCCGACAGUCCCUAUUUUCCUUUCAGCGCAAGACCGGCACCUAGGCUGUCGCCGGCAAAAGGUGUCAAAGGGCAAACAGGCCAUAUAAGACAGGCGAAAGAGGAACCGCAACAAACUUUGGAUCAGCAAUGGGUGUAUGGCUCCGAUGAAUUCACACACACGCACGACUCCUCGCCGAGGUACUCGUCGCCGGGCGGCGCAGCGGCGACCGGCUAUUACCUGGGGCCCGAGGGGGCCACUGGGGCCAGCGUCGGCGAGUGGACGGGGGCCCAGUAUAACGCGGCGCCCUACCAGACGUACGAGGCGUACGGCCUCAUACCCGAGCCCGACCCCACGGUGACGACCCAAGGAUCGGCCCAGGGACUGCCGCCGAUGUCCUCGCUGAGGCCGAAUGGGGCGCAGGCUGCCUCCAUGUCCAACGCCGCCGCCUUCGUGCCCAACAAUCACGCCGACACAGUGGCCAAGACCUUGGGAGCGGUGUACCCGAUACCAGAACAAGCGAGUGCGAGCAGUUACAGUUCGGCGCCGUCGACUCCAGUCAGCUCGCCGCCACCCUUAGCCCCGGCGCCCUGGCUGGGAAAUCACAACAAUCCACACUCUCCACACUACUCACAAACAGUGAACGUCAACAAUGGUACAACUGCUCAAGCACUUCACAUGCCCACGGCCCCAGAAGCUCAAAGGUUAGACGACGCUAUUGUUUUUCUGAGGGACCAUGCCGAGGUCAACUUUAAUUUCCAGGGAACGAGGAUGGAAGAGAGGUUGGACGACGCGAUCAACGUACUCAGGAACCACGCGGAAUCACAGUUGGGGCUCGGGCAGCUACCUCCGAACCUGGCCCCGCAUCAGUUGAGCUCUCUAGGAUACGCAGUCCCGCCACUACCAGAACCACAUUUACCUGAACCGAUCAAAGUGGAAAGGGCAACAUACAACACGAAAAAACGCAAGGAGCCCCCAGACAGCGAUACCAAACCCUCGAGUUCCAUAGAAAGCGUAGUACAACCUAAUUCUACUAGUGGGCCCCAAUCAAAAUCUUCCAAAAGGUCGAGAAGGUAUUGUUCCAGCGCGGAUGAGACUGAGGAGGGAGACUUAGAUCCAGAUAUAAAAGCACAAAGGGAAAAAGAAAGGCGGCAAGCCAAUAACGCAAGAGAAAGAAUACGUAUUCGGGAUAUAAACGAAGCUUUAAAAGAACUGGGUCGAAUGUGUAUGGCACACUUGAAGACGGACAAACCACAAACCAAACUUGGGAUACUUAAUAUGGCUGUUGAAGUUAUUAUGACAUUAGAACAACAAGUUAGAGAACGAAAUCUUAAUCCAAAGGCAGCUUGCUUAAAACGAAGAGAAGAAGAAAAAGCCGAAGAUGGGCCAAAAUUAGGUCCUGGACCUCCACAUCACAUGUUGGCAACCCCCCAUUACUCCACCAUAACGGGUCCUCCUACCAACUUGCCUCACAAUCCAGGCCAGCCCCAAUAGCAUUGCUAGUAAAUUAAGCAAUGGCUGGGUUGCCAACUGUACAUACCCACUCGUACAAACGGCCAUCAUUUCUUCAUCAAGCAUCAUUCAUGAACAAUAUUAUAUUUUUUUAAGGAUAUUCUGUAGUAAUAAAAAAAAAUUACGAUUACGUUUUUUGCCCUUUAUAUUUUUUACUUAUUUUAUUGACUUAAUUUUUUUUAUUUAUGAUCAUUCUGAGAGGUUAAAAAUGACAAAUUAGAUAUAAAGAAAUGUGUGGUUCGAAUGGAAGAGAAUUCAUUGACUGUUGUGCCAAAUGUAAAUCGUUUCUUGUUAUUUCGAUACGUUGUAAUUCGCCAUUUAUUUGAUCUCUUUUUUAAGUAUUGUCAUUGAAGUAUUUCUGAAAUGUGCCAUUUUUUAAUUAAAAGUUAUAUAACACGAUUUUACAUAUCGACUGAUCAAAAUCAAAGUUUUUUUACACUCGACUAAGUGCAGCUUUUUGAAAUAGUUUUUUUUUUUUCUUAUUUCAUUCGAACAACACAUGAAGAUCAUUAAGUGCGCCAGUAUUCUGAAAAUUGAAAUUUGUAGUAAUUACCAAUUUUAGAUGAAAAUUGGCGGUUCGACGUUUUGAGAACUUGUCUGAAUGCUGCUGAAUUCAAUGAUCCUUUUUCACAUUGAUUUGACCAUGACCAAAUAUAUGAGGCUUUUAUUUAUUAUCUUGGAUUUUACCCAGUUUCAUCAUCACUAAUGUACGACUAUACCAAAUUCUGUAUGUUGCUUCGAUUCAGAGUUUUUUCUUUUCAAUUUUAACGAGAAUAUACUGAAUUCAUAUCCGUUUUUUGCCAACCCUGUACAUAUACAUGCAAUGUAGAUUUAGUGAACACAAAUAUCUCAAGGUGAGAAGUUGAAUAAUAAUUGUUUAGCAACUUCUAACCUUGAUUGUUUCAAGUAGGAUAUGAACUGUUUUUCAGGUAGAUAAAGUUUUCGAUUCUCAGUGAAUUUUUAGUGACGAGACAGAUCAAUUUUCUUCGAUGGUAUUCACAUCCUAAGAUGUACAUCGAUACGAAAUUCCAAUGUUUCCCAUUUCACCCUGUAUAUUUUCAUCUGGAAAUAUUGACAAAGGGCAAGAUUCUUACAAUAUUUAUAUUUGACUAUACUAUCUGACGAACAGUUUAUUGAGGACCUUGGAAAUUCCAUCUUGAAUGUUAAUUUGUGAGUCGGUUGUUAUGUGUGACGUUUAUCCAAUUUUGUUUCUCUGUGAGUUAUUAUUAUUUUUUUUUUUUUUUUUUGAGAAAUGUACAUGUCGAUGUUUAGUUGGAAAAAUUGUUAGCAAUAGAUUUUUUUUACCACUUAUCACAUCUUAAUCUAAGUGCAAAAAUGUUUUCUUCAGUCGACGCUGGAGAUUUAACAAGUUUCGAACUUAAUUUUUUUAUGUUAACAUUGAGUAAUAGUUAAGGUAGAAUUAAUUUUAGAAGAAGAAUAUAUAACAAUUCUCAAUUAUAGCCAGAUGUUGAUUUCGAUUAUACCUUUGUUCUGAUUGUUGAAGUAUGUAUUUCUCAAUGUUCUCUCGCCUGCCGAAUACGGUUGAAUGUAAAAACGAAUUUUUUUUUUCGAUAUUCAAUUCAAUUGGCAAUUCACAUUGCAAUAAUAAAUUAUGUAUAUUUUUAUUUACUACCAGUUAGGAUCAUUCCAUAGGCAGCGUUGCAGCAGCUACUAAAUCGUUUUAUAAAUUUGGCAGCAGUGUUUGUCCCCUAUUUUUCAUCCCUCUUUUAUAUUAUAUAUAAAUAUAUAUUUCGCCCUCCGGUUUUCUGGUUUUCUAGGGGAGGUUACGCGUGGGAUUAUUCAAUUUUGACAGUGAAAAGUUGUAUAUAUUGUUGAAACUUUCUUGUUGUGCCCAGGCGUAUUCUCCCUUUAUCGACCAGAAGUACCCGUUUCAUUUGAACAGCUUUAUCGAGUAAUUUAUUUCGUAGAAUGAAUUUUCAGUAUUGGUGCAAAUAUUCUUGUCGGCAUACUUUAAACCGUGAAAAUUACAAAAUUGAGAAUCUAUCAGAUAUGUAAAUUAUUUCAACAUUUUAUACAGUAUAUUUUUGUGAUAGAUCGGUGAUUUGGUAAUUUUCACUGUUCGAAUGGAUGAUUUAACAGUUCAGGAGACAAUUUCUGAUUGUAAAAAUGUUUGAUUGCAGUGAUUAUUAGGAUAUUUCGACGUUUAAUUGCAAAAUAUGAAAAGAUUAGAGAUUACAUAGAAUGGUUUAUAAAUAUAAUAUUGGUUAAAGUUGAAGUAAUGACUGAUGUUUGAAAAGAAAUAUCUGAAAUAUCCAAUUACUGCAAUUUGUUGUAAAUGAAAAAUUAUUAAUAAGAUAUUGCGUGAUGAAAAAAGAAAUAUUAAGUUAGAAUAUAUAAUUAGGCGACAUUUAAAUGAUUAUCUACUAUAUGUAAUGUAUAAUUCGUACAUAAUAUAAUAUGUGCCAUUUUUUCAUA